CUUGAAAGCAGCCGCGUGUCUACCCACAACUUUCAAUCCAACGCGCAUUCCAUCCACGACAGAUUCCUCUAGCAUCACUACCUGCAGUCGCUUGUACUUAGGCCCUUGAUAGGCAACACGUAACAUACAUCGCUACUGAUAGUUGAACAAUAUGCCUCCAAAAGCAGAUUGGGAGAAAUACGAAAAACCUCUUGAUGAUAAGGAGGACGAGAAGAUCAAAGUACUUGAUGAAGGAGACAUUGCUCUGCUGAAGACCUACGGUCAAGGUCCCUAUGCAAAGGAGUUGAAACUGAUAGAGGUGGAUAUCAAAGAUAUCCAGAAGCGGGUCAACGAGAAGAUGGGUGUGAAGGAGACAGAUACAGGACUGGCCCCGCCAAACCUUUGGGACAUACCCGCAGAUAAGCAACGGAUGUCCGAGGAGCAACCGCUUCAGGUGGCGCGCUGUACCAAGAUCAUUCAAGCUGGGGAGGGGGAGGAUGCGAAGUAUGUGAUCAAUGUAAAGCAAAUCGCAAAGUUCGUGGUUGGACUAGGCGAACGAGUGGCUCCUACAGAUGUUGAGGAGGGAAUGAGGGUUGGAGUCGACCGGAAUAAAUACCAAAUCCAAAUUCCAUUACCGCCCAAAAUCGAUCCUUCAGUUACCAUGAUGCAAGUGGAAGAGAAGCCGGAUAUUACAUAUACCGAUGUGGGUGGUUGCAAAGAGCAACUCGACAAGCUGAAAGAGGUUGUCGAGAUGCCACUUUUGGAGCCCGAGAGAUUUGUAAAUCUCGGUAUCGACCCGCCAAAGGGCGUAUUGCUGUAUGGUCCUCCCGGAACUGGUAAAACACUGUCCGCGCGUGCCGUUGCCAAUCGUACGGACGCUACAUUUAUUCGCGUAAUCGGAUCGGAGCUAGUUCAAAAAUACGUUGGUGAGGGUGCCCGAAUGGUUCGAGAGCUCUUUGAAAUGGCACGAACAAAGAAGGCAUGCAUCAUCUUCUUUGAUGAAGUAGAUGCAAUUGGAGGUGCCCGGUUCGAUGACGGAGCUGGUGGGGACAACGAGGUUCAAAGAACAAUGUUGGAACUGAUUAAUCAGUUGGACGGGUUUGACCCCCGUGGCAACAUCAAAGUUCUUAUGGCCACCAAUAGGCCGGACACGUUAGACCCUGCCCUCAUGCGACCAGGUCGAUUGGACCGUAAAGUAGAGUUCAACCUGCCCGACUUGGAGGGAAGGGCGCACAUUUUGAAGAUCCAUGCGCGUAGCAUGAGCGUUGAGCGUGAUAUUCGUUACGAGCUCAUCGCGCGUCUCUGCCCCAAUGCCACAGGCGCUGAGUUGCGAAGCGUGUGCACAGAGGCUGGAAUGUUCGCCAUUCGAGGACGACGGAAGGUGGCGACAGAGAAGGACUUCUUGGAGGCGGUAAACAAGGUUAUCAAAGGAUACCAAAAGUUCUCAGCCACUCCGAAAUACUUGCUAGCUAUGUAGACUUCUCGCUCGGAGGUCCUGUAAUAUAAAUAAGAUCUGGCGGGUAGUUAUCAUGGUCUAAUGCGAAGGACAAGGCUUCGAAUUGGUAUAUCGCCACAAUGCGCGUUGUAACAGACCCAAAGGCUACGAACUACGC